AUGAAGUUUUUAGUGGGGUUGGUGACUCUUUUAAGUAUUGCAAAUGCGUUGGAAUUGAAAGAGAUUGUUGGAGAGUUUACUGACGAGAGGAGAAAUUAUAUGAUAUCACCACACGCUACAUACCCACACGUUUUCGAAAUUUUUAAAAACCAAAUUCUAUAUCAACUAAUUGAGAGAGAAGGGUCUGUCGACAUCAUCGAUGGGAAGAAUAACAACUUGGGUAAUUUACAAAUCGUGACAAACACAUCAACAAGCCUUGUCGCAGAGAGCGCAAAAAUCAAAUUGACUUGUUCCCAAACCUUAGUGAAAAUCGAAAAGAAAAGAAUUGUCGAGACGUUGUUGGACAUCCACAGAGAAAAAUCACACUUUAUGUUUGAUAUCGCAUUUUACGCGUUUUUUAUUGGUGUUCUCGCAGUGUAUUACUUCGUUUUGAAGAACGGUGGAUUAUCAUAUAUUGCUGGGAGUGUUGCUUCACAUCCAAAGAUGAAUUAG